UCCCCGGUCCCCAGAGUGUGUGAUCCGCCCGGGCGCCGCGACCUGAGCGAGCGAGCCCCGCAGCCCUGGAUUCACUACUGCUGAUCAAUGGACAGAACCUGCUCGGCGGCCAGCAGCGCUACACGCACGCCGUGAACCCCUCUUUCUCUCUGGCUGGAGCUCCACUGGGGGUCUGGAAGAGGAUGGAGAGAGGAGGGGAGAGUCCCGUCACACAGGACAGUCCCGAGCGGAGAGGGGGCAGCCCGGAUCUCGGUAGCCUGCCGCCGCCAGGGAAGAAGGGCCGCAUGGAGCUCAAUGGCAGCCCCACGGGGCCCCGCCUACGGCAAAAUGGGGCGCCACUCAGACCCCUUGGAGGUCUGAUGAUUCCCGUCUUCUGUGUGGUGGAGCAGACGGAUGGAGGGAUCCAGGCCGACGGAUGUGACGGAAGGGAGGAGCACGCGGAGUUCGUUCUGGUGCGGAAGGACAUUCUCUUCUCCCAGCUGGUGGAGACGGCGCUGUUGGCCCUCGGCUACUCGCACAGCUCGGCCGCACAAGCCCACGGUGUCAUCAAGGUGGGGAGGUGGAACCCUCUGCCGAUCCACUUCCUGACGGACGCCCCCGAGGCGACGGUGGCCGACAUGCUCCUGGAGGUCUACCACAUGGUCACUCUCCGUAUUCAACUACAAAGUUUUUCCAAGCUUGAGGACCUUCCCUGUGAACAAUGGAACCACGCGACCGUGCGGAACGCUCUCAAGGAGCUCCUCAAGGAAAUGAAUCAAAGCACUCUGGCCAAAGAGUGUCCUCUGUCGCAGAGUAUGAUCUCGUCCAUCGUGAACAGCUCCUACUAUGCCAACGUCUCCACCGCCAAAUGCCAAGAGUUUGGUCGCUGGUACAAGAAGUACAAGAAAAUCAAAGUGGAUUAUUUGGAAAAGAUGUGGUCAGGGCGAGAUUCUGCUGACAUCAAAAUUGAGCGAGACAACAUGGCGGACUUCUGCAUGCUGGGCCAGAGACCCCCUCCUCACUUGGCCGGCCUGGCGCAGCUCGGUCACCUGGGCGGCGGCCCCCUCCUGAAGGUGGGAUCUGGAGAUCCGCAGGCACCGUCGCAGCCUCCCCAGCAACCUCCUCUCCCCCAGCAACAGCCCUCGCCGCACGGCCCCCUCCACCACAGCCCCCCUCUCCACACGGGCCAGGUGCCCGCACAGCCGCCGCCCCACCCGCCCGGGGUCCUCCAGCCCCUACUGGGCCCAGGUGGGCUGCUCUCGCCUCAACUCUCCCCGCAGCUGGUGCGCCAGCAGCUCGCCAUGGCCCACCUCAUCAACCAGCAGAUAGCCGUCAGCCGGCUGCUGGCCCACCAGCACCCGCAGGCCAUCAACCAGCAGUUCCUCAACCACCCGCCCAUCCCGCGGGGCUCCUCCAAAAUCGGCGGUGACCACCUUGGAAGCAACUCCUCGGCCUCAGAGGUCUCCUCUGAAAUCUACCAGCAGGUCCGAGAUGAGCUGAAAAGAGCCAGCGUCUCUCAGGCCGUAUUCGCCCGGGUGGCCUUCAACCGCACACAGGGUCUGUUGUCGGAGAUCCUGAGGAAGGAGGAGGACCCUCGCACGGCCUCGCAGUCGCUGCUGGUCAACCUGAAGGCCAUGCAGAACUUCCUCAACCUGCCAGAGGGUGAGCGGGACCGCAUCUACCAGGAGGAGCGGGAGCGCACCAUGAACCCCACGGUGGGGCUUCCUGCUUCCAACUCGUCUAACCCUGGGGCUCCACGCCUCUCACAGAAAGUGUGGGAGAGGAGCUUGGAUGAGCAGAUAACACCUGAUACCUGGGCCUCCAUUUGGAAGAACAAGAAUAAGAUAGCCAACUCGCCAAAGCCAACAGGCCCCAUGCCUGACCUACCAAUCAAGCUGGAAUCGCUAGUCAACAUCACAUCGGGGAUCUAUGACGAAAUCCAGCAGGAGAUGAAGCGAGCCAAGGUGUCCCAAGCGCUCUUUGCCAAGGUGGCUGCCAACAAGAGUCAGGGUUGGCUGUGCGAAUUGCUCCGCUGGAAAGAAAAUCCCAGCCCAGAGAACCGCACCCUGUGGGAGAACCUGUGCACCAUCCGGCGGUUUCUGGCACUUCCGCAGACCGACAGGGACCUGGCGUACGAGGAGGAGUCGCGGCACCAUCACAGCGAGAGGCUACACACCGUCCUCCACCUGCCGCAGGACACACAGCUCUUUUGCCUUUCUCGGCAGGCGCUCCACAGACCACCCCCGUCCCAGAUAAAGGAGCACCGUUCAUCUCCCAUGCGAGAGGAGCUGUUAUCGGCUCCCGUUAACGAUGAGGGAGGACAGACUGUCGUAACGACCGCUGGAGGUGGACAGAGCACCACUGGUAGUGCUGGAAGCAGCAAGAAGACACGAUUGCGCACCAAGAUCUCUCUGGAGGCAUUGGGCAUCCUGCAGAGCUUCAUCCAGGACGUUGGCCUGUAUCCAGACCAAGAGGCCAUCCACACCUUAUCGGCACAACUGGACCUGCCCAAGCACACCAUCAUCAAGUUCUUCCAGAACCAGCGCUACCACGUCAAGCAUCACGGCCGCCUCAAGGAGCUAAGCGAGGGGGCCACCGUCAGCGGAGGCGUGGAUGUCAGCGAAUAUCGGGAAGAGGAAUUGCUCUCGGGCUCAGAGGACCCGGAAUCCAGUGAGGACGGGACGGAGGAAAUUUACCAGUCAGAGGGGAGUGGCGGUGGGAGCACGGGAGGACUGAAUCAGCCUCAAGCUUCCUCUAACUCUAGCCAGGCGUCCUCCGGUAAUAACGUGACUCAGGAGGAGGGCAAGGACAAGGGUCCAUCCCGACCAGGUGGUCCCCUGGCUCUAGGAAGCUCAUCAUCUAGUCCUAGAGAGCAGCCUGACUACCAGAGGUAGAGACGGCCAAAUACAACAAAGAAACAGCGAGUGGAUUAGAGAAUGCAAGGACAAAGCAACUCCAGCAAUGGAGUAUGGUAUAAGUGUACAGCUGAAGUAGGCACAGGAAUCAUAAACCACUGGCCAGAAACAUUUCAUGAUGACAAUCUUAGAGUAACUUUUUACUUUGGCCCCUAGACACGAUUGGUGGGCGCUGAGUAAAUGUGAAACAUCUCGAUAGAUCAACUAAAGCUGCUCAUGUGGUCAAUUCAAGAGCUCCUAGAAAUAGGUUGGAAGGGUAGCAUCAGCUCGAGCCAACGACAGAUGUGUUCAUCUCUCUCUUGAGUCUGAGCACCGCAGUCAUGUUGGACCCUUUGAGUCGAGCGCCUCUCAUGGACUUUGGAGACCUCGUAAAACCUCAGGACAGACACUUGUGUUGCUAUUGCUGUUCCUUGCCUGAGAAGACCAACAAAACAUCCCGCGUAACCCUUGAGAAUCACUACCACUCCUAUGUAGCACUUAUGACUAUUUUAUGGAUGUGAUGGCCCCGUGUCUAGUCUCAUCCUCUAACCUACCUUACCUACCCAGCUCCAUUCCCCGCUCAAGUCUCAUCAAACUGUGAGCUUAAUAAAGGAACCACAAGAGGACACCGUCGACUGUUUUGCCAGGGAAACAAAGUCAAGACGGAUGCGCGAAGGGACACUCAACUCCACCCCUUGAACCUUUCCCGGCACCAUCCACAUGUGUGGCAAGAAGAAGCCAAAAACAUUUGAGGGAGGGACUUGUGCGAAGAUUCGGCAGCCAUGCAAUCAGUCACUUUACGAGUGCUAGUCUAUCCUUCCCAUCACACCCUCUCCCGCUUUUCCCCCCUCUUUAAUUGGUGCCCAUAGUCUUGUGUCUAACCACACACCCCCGCACUUAAGCCUCACCAACCCUAUUUAUUGCUAUCUUCAUCUAUGAUUAUUAUUAUCAUUAUUGUUAUUAUUGUUGUUAUUAUGGUUAGGAUAUCUAAGUGCUAUUUCUCGUUUUUGAUGUUCUGGCUUUAAACAAGGGCAGUUAUUUUGAUAACAAGACACGGACGAUGGAAAAUGGAGGGAAGAUUCUAAAAAGAAGCAGUUACUGAGUGAUAUUUGCGAGAAAACAAAUCCCUGUCAUGUCGCGGUAUUUUGUUUGUUGCAGCGACAACGUCCAGAUGAGAAACUUAAAAAAAAAAGGGAAAUUGUGCUUUACUUUGAUGCAGUUGAUGACAAUCUACUUUUUUGAGCCAUGACAAACACAUGGCAAUUCUAUUUCUAUUCUGUAAUGUCUGUAAAUACCCAAAAUGGGAUAAAUUGUUAUCAGUGUGUGUCUGUUUUUCAUUUUUCGGAGUGUCUUUUAAGUGUUUGAGCCAGUUUGGAGUAGCAGUGGGGAGUUUUUCUUGUUUUGUUUUGUUUUUGUGUCAACUCAGUGAAAUCAGUUACAUUGUGCCAGCCAAAUCUGAUCUUUUUUUUAAAGAGUAUUUAAGAAGUGAAAAGUGUUUAGUGUUUAAUGUCUGGUGCAGUGGUGUACACAUAUGUUCAAAACAUUAUAUGAGAAUGGAUCACUUCUCAUGACUGUACACUCCAACUGACGACCUGCCUUCUAAUUAUCAGGUCAACACAGAUCAGAUAUUGUUGUGUUUUUCUGUAAGACAGGAAUCAGGGUUAAAUACAGUUCCGAUGAAAUAGUUCAUUUCAAAAUGUUCAUUCAGUGUUGAAGUGAAUAAAA